AAUGCUUAGCCGCAACAUUGGAGCUGUUCGCGGAGCCCAUAAGGCAGCAACGACAAAACCAGUCGAAAAAGUGGCCAAACUUGGAAAUGGAUUGACCGUUGGAACUAUCGACUCUCACAAACCAAUUGCACAUUUGGUUCUUGCCUUCAGAGCUGGAAGUCGCUACGAAAAAGCCAACCAGGCCGGACUCUCUCAUACCAUCAGAAAUUUCGUCGGCAGAGAUACCCAGGAAUACUUUGGAAACACAGUUGUAUGGACGUUGUCACAGACCGGAGGAGUUCUGAAAUCCUUCACCUCCCGCGAUCUUUUCGGAGUCUCCCUCACAAUUCCACGCGAAAGCACUUCCGUCGGACUUUCCGUAUUGGGACAAGUCGCUGGUAACCCAGGAUUCAAGCCAUGGGAAGUCGAGGAUGUGCUGCCAACUAUGCGCGCUGACAACGGAUACAGAACCGCUUACGACUUGGUUGUUGACCAGAUUCACAAGGCCGCUUACAGAAAUGGAGGACUUGGAAACUCAAUCUAUGCACCAUGCUCUAAAAUUGGAUCGAUCUGCACAUCAACUUUGUCCUCAUUUGCAGAGCAGCACUUCGUCACAGGAAACGGAGUAUUGUUUGCCACUAAUGCUGUUCACGAUGACCUUCUUCUCUAUGGAGACAAUCACGCCCCAAUCAGAAGUGGAAACGCUGCGUCCCCAUCUUCAAGUGCUUACAAGGGAGGAGAAGUGCGCAGAGAUGCCGAUUCGAAGUACGCGCAUGUGAUUGUCGCUGGAGAAGGAGCUGCCGGAAACAACACGAAAGCAUUGGCCACCCAAGCAGUUCUCCUCACCGCACUUGGAAAUUCAUCACCAGUCAAAUUCAACACCGGAACCACUGGAGUCAUCGCAAAAGCCGUCGGACAGAAUGGAUCGGCCAGCGCAUUCCAAGCUGUUCAUGCGGAUAGUGGACUGGCCGGAGUAUACCUUGUCGUUGAAGGAAGCCAGGCUAACCAAGCUGUUUCGAAUGUAGUUGGAGCAUUGAAGUCUUUGAAGGUCGCUGAUAUUGAAGCCGUCAAGAAGCAGGCCUUCAACAACGCCUUGAGAGCCUCUGCUCAUUCCGACAACUUUGCCAUCGAGAGAGCCUCCCAACUCUUCCAGUCCCAAGACAAUUACAUUCAACAGAUUCCAAAUGUGUCGGCUAGUGAUGUUGAAGUUGCCGCCAAGAAAUUGACUACCAAGUUGUCGUUGGCCAGUUAUGGAAAUGUCUCAGAAGUCCCAUAUGUUGAUACUCUGUGAGCAUCUAGUUAAAUUAAAUGAUUUUACUCCAGUAGACGAACGCAUUUUGUUAUUUUUUGGUCAAUUUGUUUUCCGUCUCAUAUGACUAUUUUUUUGCUGUCAAUAAAAGGUACUAGACUUUGAAAUUUGUUUGUUCAAUGAACAAAAAAAUAAAGAAAUUAUUCACGU